UUCCUGCCUCCUCCCCAUUUCCGUUCUCCGCUUCCCACCUCGCCUUCUCCGCUCCUCUCCGGCUCCCGUGCGCGCUACCGCUACCAGCAGGGACCCUCGCUCGCUCCUGUGUGUGUUCAAUAUCCAUAAUCAGAGAAAGCCGGUUCCUUAAGUUGAGUAUUUAGCCUCGUUGGUUCAGAAGCACUAGAGAAGAGUGAUGUCUUUUGUUAGGCGAGCGGACCCGUCAACAACCUAUGCAGAUAAUCUUUACAUACAUAAAUUCGGCCCUCCAAAUUCAAAUUUUGCUGCACGAAGAUAUGCGUCUGACACGCAGUUGUUCCGUUAUGGGCCUGAACCAUACAAUUCUGAUAAUUCCUUUUACAAUCAGCAAGCCUCACCAAUACCGUACAUGGUAACAGCUGAUGGCCAUUCUCCAGCUUCUGCAGACAUUCAGUCCAAUUCCUGCUCUGAUGUGGCAAAAGACUCACCUUUGGUGUCCAAUGUAUCUCAGCAGAAUUCCCAGUCUAUAUCAGAUAAUCAGAGUUCUGAACUUGAAGUAGAGUUUGAUGAAGAUGAGAUCAGGAUGAAGCUUCAGGAGCUUGAGCAUGCUUUACUUGAUGAUAGUGAUGACAUCUUGUAUGAAAUUUCCCAGGCAGGUAGCAUUAACGAUGAAUGGGCUGAUCCAAUGAAGAACGCUGUACUCCCCAACUCACCAAAAGAAUCAGAAUCAAGCAUCAGUUGUGCUGGUAGCAACAAUGGAGAACCACGGACCCCAAAGCAGUUGCUCUUUGACUGUGCGACAGCAUUAUCGGAAUAUAACGUAGAUGAAGCACAGGCAAUCAUAACGGACCUCCGGCAGAUGGUUUCAAUCCAAGGGGACCCCUCUCAGAGGAUUGCAGCCUAUAUGGUGGAAGGUCUUGCUGCAAGAAUAGUGGCAUCAGGGACUGGCAUCUACAAGGCCUUGACAUGCAAGGAGGCCCCUACUCUUUAUCAGCUUUCUGCAAUGCAAAUCCUCUUUGAAAUCUGCCCAUGCUUCCGGUUCGGUUUCAUGGCUGCUAAUUAUGCUAUUCUCGAAGCCUGCAAAGGUGAAGACAGACUGCACAUUAUAGACUUUGACAUCAAUCAGGGCAGUCAGUACAUUACACUGAUACAGUUUCUGAAAAAUAAUGCAAAUAAGCCACGUCAUUUGAGAAUAACUGGUGUGGAUGAUCCUGAAACGGUGCAGAGGACCGUUGGUGGUUUGAAGGUCAUUGGUCAACGUCUAGAGAAACUUGCAGAGGACUGUGGGGUAUCUUUUGAGUUCAGGGCAGUGGGUGCCAACAUUGGGGAUGUUACACCUGCAAUGCUAGAUUGUCGUUCUGGGGAAGCGCUAGUCGUCAAUUUUGCAUUCCAACUGCACCACCUUCCUGACGAGAGUGUUUCGAUUAUGAAUGAAAGGGACCAGCUCCUUCGAAUGGUGAAGGGUCUCCAACCAAAGCUCGUGACAUUGGUUGAGCAGGAUGCUAAUACCAAUACUGCUCCGUUUCAGAUAAGGUUCCGUGAGACCUAUGAUUAUUACGCCGCACUUUUUGAUUCACUGGACGCGACACUUCCAAGGGAAAGUCCAGAUAGAAUGAAUGUGGAGCGGCAAUGUCUUGCUCGUGAAAUUGUCAACAUCUUGGCCUGUGAAGGUCCUGAUCGUGUGGAGAGAUAUGAAGUUGCUGGAAAGUGGAGGGCAAGAAUGACAAUGGCUGGCUUCACACCAUGCCCGUUUAGUAGCAGUGUCAUUGGCGGGAUAAGAUCGCUCCUGAAGUCAUACUGUGAUAGAUACAAGUUUGAGGAGGACAAUGGCGGGCUUCACUUUGGCUGGGGAGAGAAAACCCUAAUCGUCUCCUCCGCAUGGCGAUAGAGCUUACGGGAUGAGUUGCAUUAGUGUUGCUGUUGUUUAGGAGUAUCUGAUGCAGAGGCUGUAAAAAGAUGUGAACCACUGAACUGUUAACUAAUCUUACCUAAUCGUAGAUGUCCGCGUUUCAGAAUAAUCGAGGUGAACUAUGUUGUAUUAGAGAAUUGGCACAUGGUUGUGGUAUUUUGGGGUAGAAUCAUAUCUUGUCGACUCUGCUUCAUGUAUAAAAUUAUAUAUUGCUAGAAUAUAGCAUGUCAUGUUUAUCCUCUCA